ACGUAAGAACUGAAAAGAUAUUUUUUAAUAACGUGGUUCAUUCCGAUCACGUGCAAACUCAGUCCGUCCUCUGAUCUCGCGAGAAUUUCUGAGACGCAAAAAUGUCCUGACUGGACUAAGUUGAUAUCCACAGCCGUGUGAAAGGCAGAACACCACACUUAUUUAUAUCGGCCUAGAAUAUCAUGCCCUGUGAAGUGAAGCCUCGGUUUGUGGUUCUCUACGGAUCCCAGAAGGGUCAAGCCGAGUCCCUAGCUGAGGGCUUAGCGGAGGUGGCGGAGGAGCACGGACUGGCCGCUGAGCUCAGUUGCUUGAACCACAACGAGAAGUACAAUUUGGAGACGGAGAAUGCCCCAGUGGUCUUCAUUGUGUCUACUACUGGAGAUGGGGAACCACCAGACAAUGCCCUCCAAUUUGUAAAGCGCAUCAAGGAGAAGACCCUCUCCCCUGACCACUAUAAACACCUUUGCUAUGCACUCUUAGCUUUAGGGGACACAAAUUAUGCAAACUUCUGCAACUGUGGGAAGACAAUUGAGCGUCGUCUGCAGGAACUUGGUGCAAAACAAUUCUAUGCGACAGGCUAUGCAGAUGAUGGUACAGGGCUAGAGGUGGUUGUGGAACCCUGGAUCGAGGGACUCUGGAAGGCAAUCAAAGGAGCUUUAUCAAAAAUGGCUUCCGACAAGACUGCCUUUUUGAAAGGGCAAGCAGCGGAUUCACCCGGGGGAACUCCCGAUUCAACCAUACCGAAUGUCCAACUGAACCUCUUGAGAAUAACUGACCACGAGAACCGCGAGUCGAUCAAAGCACCCGCAGAACCCGCGUCCAAAUCUGCAACCGCUGCUUCAUCCUCAGCUCCUGGCACGCACGCCGCUGUUUCUGAUCUCAGGCCAGCAGUACCUACAGGGAGCUCUGUGUUGGCAUCGCAGUCUCCUGGUGCUUCCACCGCUUCCACAUCCGCACCGGAGACACCGACCGGAGACGACGGACGUCCCCGCGCUUCACCGGCGGCCGCGCUGACGUGCUCCCUUCCGCCGCUGUCUGAGUCGUCUCUCAACGUCCCCGCCCUGCCUCCCCCCUACCUCGACGUCUCUCUUCAGGAGGCGGAGCCAGUGGAACAGGUGGCCGGACCGCCAAACACGGAGGCUCUCGGUGCGGCUCCCGUCUGCAGGGCAGUUCAGCUGACCAGAGGAGAGUCAGUCAAGACGGCCCUUCUCUUAGAGCUCGACGUUUCUGCCCACCCGAUGGUGACCUACCAUCCAGGGGAUUCGUUUGAUGUGUUCUGCCCAAACAGAGCUGCCGAGGUGGAGGAGGCCCUCCACCGAUUGGGCCUCAGUGACCAGAGGAACCACAGAGUACACAUUUCUCUACGUAAAGACACAAAGAAAAAAGGUGCCCAGGUGCCGUCCUACUCGUCCCAGAACAUUUCUCUGCUGUACCUGCUCACGUGGUGUCUAGAGAUCAGAAGUGUGCCAAAGAAGGCCCUUCUCCGAGCGCUGGUGGAGCACACGGGCCACAGCGGCCAGAGGAGGAGACUGCAGGAGCUCUGCAGCAGACAAGGCAGCGCCGACUACAACCUGUACGUGAGGGACUGCGGCCUCAGCGUCCCGGAGCUCCUCGCUGCCUUCCCGUCCUGCUCGCCGCCGCUCAGCCUUCUCAUAGAGCAUUUGCCGAAACUGCAGCCCAGGCCUUAUUCAGCAGCCAGCUCCUGUCUCCGGCACCCGGGGAAGCUGCGGUUUGUCUUCAACGUGGUAGAAUUCCCAGAAUGCUCUGGGCGGCCUGCGGGGAGGCGGGGCCUGUGUACCGGUUGGCUGUUUGACCUCAUCAAUCCCGCCCUGCUUUUCCCCGGGAAGGAUGAGUCCUCCGGCAGCCCUGCUCCGCCAAAGAUCCACGUGAGUUUGAGACCCAACCGCUCCUUCCGGCCUCCCUCGGACCUGUCGGCGCCCUUCAUAAUGGUCGGCCCGGGGACGGGAGUCGCCCCCUUCAUCGGCUUCCUGCAGCAGAGAGAGCAGCAGAGGAAGGACAACCCCAAGGCCGUAUUUGGAGAGACCUGGCUGUUCUUUGGCUGUCGCCAUAGAGACGGAGACUUCCUUUUCAGAGAGGAGCUGGAAGGCUUCGUGUCCAGCGGCACACUGAGCCACCUCAAGGUGUGCUUCUCCAGAGAUGACCACGAGGAGGGAGAGGCCGCCGCCUCGUCAGCGCGACCCAGAUACGUGCAGCACAACCUGCUGCUCGCCGGCCGCCGCGUCGCCGACAUCCUGCUCCGACGCAACGGCUACCUCUACGUCUGCGGAGAUGCCAAGAACAUGGCUAAAGACGUGAACAACGCUCUGAUGGAGAUGAUCCAGACGGAGCUGCAGGUGGACCAACUGGAGGCCAUGAAGACGCUGGCGGCCCUGAGAGAGGAGAAGCGCUACUUGCAGGAUAUCUGGGGCUGACAGCAGACCUCACAACCUCCAUCGGUUGUGUGAGGGUGUAAUUCUGAUGCGACUGAGGGGGGCUCUGACCUAGAUGGAAAACAACACCGCAAUCUGCAGUAUAUUUUACCAACACAUAUUACCCAUUGAGGGGUGAAGCAGUCGGUGUUUUCAUAGAAUGUGCCAGCCAAACCACCACGGUUUACCCGGGAGUCGUCAUCAUGAGAAGCAAUUCUUAUAAAUGUGGUUUGACUUUGAUCAUUGUAAAGCACCCACACGAUUUCACUGAAACUCCUCUGGAUAUUGGGUACUUUUUAUCCUGCUUUUGAGGUAAUGAAGACAGAGGAAUACAUGCAACCCUAAAAAGAAAGUUGCAUCUUUCGAGUCCUCCCAGAUGAGAAGGGUUAUCUCAUUUAUCACUUCACCGUGUUCACUUUUAAGCACAGAGGGAGGGAUUGGCAGCAACAAUGUGCAUCUCCGACCUCAGCAAUUUGUUUUAACCGACUUUGUUUGUGCUUUUUGGCCACCGCAUACCGAGCAGGCUGCCAGCAUCGAGAGCAGUGAACUCCCGACUUUUCUAAGUCCUGCAAACCCGUCUGAAAUCUCCCAAACUGUUGUUUAAAACAAACGCAGCUGCGCCUCGUGUGAUCUGGAAUUAAAAGACCGUUUGGAGUAAAUUGUUGCUUUCUGUGGUUU